AAGGUGGAAUAUUUAAUGUGCCGAGAAUAGCAGACUGCAAAUGCCAAACAUUAAACAUUUUUUUUUAUUUUAAGCACUAAACAAGUAGUAAAAAGCAUCAAACAGUAUACCUACACCCUACGGCCUACACGGCUACACCCUGCUUAUUACAGUCGGCGGAGUUGACUUACCGCUACACGAAGCACUCGCGCCUGUUUGGAUUUUUAUUUUCAAGUGAAAUACGCAAUCCAGUUGGAACAAACAAAUCGUAUCAUGGAGCCGGCAAGGAAACGAGGUGCACUAUCCGGGCUUAGCGAGAUGGGCAACGUAGGUCCCGAAGAUCUUGUCACUGCAAUGUCAAUUGAUGUUGAAUUUGAGGGGCGCAGUCCAGAAGUCACAGAUUUUCAUUGUAUUAAACAGUUGUUACAACAACUGUUUUUAAAAGCUCCAGUAAACUUGUCUGAUUUGACUUCAGUACUUAUUCAUCAACCCAACAUUGGCUCAGUUAUAAAGCAAGUUUCUGAUGAGGAUGACGAAGACGAUGAUGAAGAUGACUAUUAUGGUGUUGAUGUCAAUCAAGUAUUUGGAAUAACUUCAAUCAUCAAUAUUACAGAGAAAACAAGUGAAUGUGUAGAAAAUUUAAACAAAUUAAUGUUGGACUUGAGUAACUUACAUAGUGAUAGUGACACAACACGGUUUAUAAACAGAUUGUUGAGUGAUGAUGAUAAUCAAGUUGGGUUGGUAAUAAACGAAAGAUACGUCAACAUUCCCCCGCCUAUUUCUGUGCCAUUAUUUCAAGCCCUUCGCAAGGAGUUGUCCAAUCUAAAAUCUAAGAACCGAUCAUACAAUUUUAAUUAUAUUAUUAUGAUAUGCAAACUUUACAAAAUGAAGAAAGAUAAGAAGAAGGGAACCAAAAGUUACGAAGACUCAGAAAUAAUAUGGUCAAAUGGUGAAGAGGAGUUCUUUGACGAAGCUGCAGAUUACAAAUUUGAGUUUUGUGUGCAAAAUGACAAGGGUUCUGGCUUAGCAGGCACCUGGGUAGAAUCAGAUCCUGAAAUGAUUCCUUUUAGACGUGUUCUAAUAUUCUCUAUCGAAAAAUUCUACUCAAUAACUAACCAACUUGAAUCUUUGGUAGCGGACAAAGAUACUAAAGGCUAUCAGCAUGAAGGUUAAUCCACUUUUUAUAAUACAUAUAUUUUUUUGUUAUUAAGUUAAGUUAAAUUAAAUACAUUUGGUUGUAUUUUUUACAAAAUAAUCUAAUGGCAUAUAAUACAAUUUACAAUUUCAACUAAUUUUCUUACUUACUGUUAAUUUAUAUACAAGAAAAAUAUACAUGAUUAUUAGAGUGUUAA